AAGUACUGGAUUUCCCAAAAUGCAAUGCGAUACAUUUUCUUCACCACCCGCUUUCUGUGGAGACCCGCCCUACUCUGCUACUGAUUGGUUAUAGUGGUCAAAUUUGGGUCUCGGGAGUACAAUUGGUUGGAUUAGAGUAAGAAUGUCAGGGUCAGAGCCAAUCAGAGGCAGAGUAGGACGGGUCUUAACAGAAUGCGGGUGGAAAAAAAAAUUUAACGCCACUACAUCAACACAUGGCUGGUGAAACCUGUGCUUGCUGAUAUUUUUCUUCUUUAAAAUUAAUCUCACUGUGUUUUAAAAGUGUGUUCAUAUUUCGUUCUGCCGCCAAAUGAAAGUCAAAGUCCUCUCGAGGAACCCGGACGACUAUGUCCGGGAGACCAAACUAGAUAUACAGCGCGUCCCUAGAAACUAUGACCCAACCCUUCACCCGUUUGAGGUGGGUAGAGAAUACACCCGGGCUCUGAAUGCCACUAAGCUGGAGAGGGUGUUCGCCAAGCCUUUCCUGGCCUCCCUGGACGGGCACAGAGAUGGAGUCAACUGCAUGGCCAAACACAGCAAGAGCCUCUCCACUCUGCUGUCUGGCUCCUGCGAUGGAGAGGUGAAAGUGUGGAAUCUGAGCACGCACGAGUGUGUCCACACCCUCCAAGCACAUGAAGGUUUUGUCCGGGGAAUGGUCGUCCGCUACUGUGGAACAUCCUUCUUCACGGUUGGUGAUGACAAAACUAUCAAGCAAUGGAAAAUGGCGGCACCAGCUUAUGGAGAGGAAGAGGAGCCACUUAAUACAAUUCUGGGCAAGACAGUCUUCACGGGGCUCGACCAUCACCAGAAGGACGGUGUGUUUGCAACAUGCGGCCAGCAGGUGGACAUCUGGGACGAGCAGAGGACCAGCCCCAUCCGCUCUUUCAGCUGGGGUGUAGACAGCUUCAGCUCUGUCAGCUUCAACCCCGUUGAGACUGAACUUCUGGCAAGCUGUGCCUCUGACAGAAGUAUAGUGCUGUAUGAUAUGAGAGAAUCAGCACCUCUUAAAAAGGUUAUCAUGACAAUGAGGAGCAACACAUUAUGCUGGAACCCAAUGGAAGCCUAUUACUUCACAUCUGCAAAUGAAGACUAUAACCUCUACACAUACGACAUGAGGUACCUGAACCGGCCAGUCAUAGUGCACAUGGACCAUGUGUCUGCAGUGCUGGAUGUGGACUAUUCUCCCACUGGCAAGGAGUUUGUAUCGGCCAGUUUUGACAAGACCAUUCGCAUCUUCCCCAAGGACGGUGGCCACAGCAGGGAAGUGUACCACACCAAACGCAUGCAGCACGUCAUCUGCGUAAAGUGGUCUGCAGAUAACAAGUACAUCCUGAGCGGUUCUGAUGAAAUGAAUAUCCGAUUGUGGAAAGCCAACGCAGCCGAGAAACUGGGAGUGCUGACCCCAAGAGAGAAGGUGGCCACCAACUACAGUCAGAAGCUGAAGGAGAAGUUCCAGCACCACCCCCAGGUCCGACGCAUCGCUCGCCACCGACAUCUACCCAAGAACAUCUUCCACCAGACCAAGGAGCUGAGGGUUAUGAAGGAGGCUCGCCGUAGAAAGGAGAGAAACGUCCGCAAGCACAGCAGACCGGGAAGCGUGCCGGUGGUGUCCGAGAAGGAGAAGCAUGUCGUGACUGUGGUCAAAUAAACAGAGCGUGGAAGACCCAGGAGCUGCAUUAGAGAGAUGAGGUGGAGCCUGAGAUCACACCCACACUGGACAUGUUUAUGUACAUUUAAAAAGAAAACGCAGCAUUUGGGCAAUUGCGGGAUCAACUUUUGAAGUGACAUGUUACUUGAAAGUACAAGGACACAGAAUGUAAAUGCAUAUUAACAACAAAUCAAAGUCUUCACCUUCCAUCAUUAAAGAAAUAGUUGGACGUUUUUGGAAAAUACACUUCCUAAAAUGGCAAACUUUUACUUUUUAAAAUCAAAAUCACUUCAUAUUAACACUGUGUAGUUGUGAGAUUCCCUUCACACAGGUUCUGAUGUAACUUCCAGUUGUGAUACUGUACUGUUUACGUUCCAUCACAGGAUCCAUAACCAACACAACAGUAUAAGUGUCCACUGUUUAAAAGACUGUCGGUUUACCCUGCGCCUAUUUACAUAAAUAUAAAAAUCAAUGUUCUCCAUGGUUUCAUUCAAGACCAGCAUUUCCAUGAAUGAGGUUCAAUAAAUGUGCCAUUGAUAAUUAAAACUACCAGAGAUGGUUUAAAGCUGUUGGUAAGCUUCAAAUGAACAAGGUGAUACGAUAUCUUGACCGACCACAUCUGUGACACUGUUAGGAAAUCCACACCAAAAAACCUGAUGUAACAGCCUCCUCCUGGACUUGCCCUCAAUCUUUCUCCAAGAACUCGGUUUGUGUUUUUUGCCUGUCUUCUUAGUUUAAAAUGUUUUAAAAAAAAGGGGCUACUAAGUGCUGCAUACUUUGGGACAGUCUCUCCAUGAAGUCCUUCAUGAAUACCUUCAGUUCAUAACAAAAAAUGUGAUGGAAGUAGCUAUCUGGAGAGAUUUCAAACGCUAUCUGAACCAGACCCUUCACUGCCAUCAGAAAAGGCUGCCAGAUGUUGUUGGACGACCCAACGAGCAUUUCUUUUGAAGGAUACUGAGGCCUUUAAUUUACUUUUUAUUUUUUUUUUAUUUUAAUUUAUCUCCAGUGACAUUUUUAAUUGUUUUCUCCUUCAGCCAUCGUAUCAGACGUCAAAUCCUGAAGUUUGUAAAAUAACUGGCCUGGUUUUUUGGCUUGCAAGCAAAAACAGUUAGUUACCAUUUCUUACUUCAGUUUUUCCGUUUGAUAUAUUUUGAAAUUCCUCAUGAAUGAGGUAACAUUUUUUUAGACAAUAUACUUCACUCAAAAUCUGUAUGUAUAUGUGAUUGACACAUUGUUUGCUGAUGUGUAUUUAUAAUAAACAUCGAAACUAA